UCUGAAGUUACAGUUCAGGGGCUUUGUAUAACACUUUAAAAGAAGUUGUUUUUUGAGUACAAACAAACACCACCGAGGAACUGUGUUGCUGAAACCGGCGUUUCUUUACGGACAGAACGACGUGAACACCGUUGCUAUUGGAUACACACAGCUUACGUUCCAGUGAAAAUUACGAGAGCAGCCAGGUAGGAAAAGAGGGAACGAAUACAAUUGAUUAAUCAGUCGUAUUAGCGGUCGCAGUUGUCAUAACAACUAUGACAUAAUCUGCAUUUUUAAUCGAUUAAAACGAAAGAUAACUAUGCUAACGGUGCUAAAUGAACCACCAGGAGCUAACUGAGCUAACGCUAGGAUUUUUACUAAUCCUCCAACGUUGAAGUCAGCACAGUAUGAACAGAUGUCAGCGGUUAACAGCGGUUGGACUCUGUCUGUGUUUACACACCCCAAACCUGAACGACUAUAGAAAAAGAAGACGUUUUGAUGCCGUAAAAUCGACGUAAACAGAAGGGAACAACGUUCGUCUUCAUUUUCAACUCGUAAUAAAAAUAGAGACUUACACCGAGUGGCCUCUCCGCACCCUGGUGCUGUGGUCAUCAGGCGUUCGAUCAUGGCUGGGCUAGACCUGGACCUGAGCUGGUCCAGCCUGAUCCAGGGACUAUCAACGCGACCAUGACAGACAGUGACCUACCAGCUGUGGAGGAGUCAACACCAGUGGAAGACCUUAUUCUUCCUCCUCCUCCUGGUCUGUCAGAUCCCAGUCCUUCUGGUCCUGGACCCCCUGUUUUUGGUCCCCGCUGUCGCCCUCCACUGGCAGAAAAGGCCCUGGCAGCUUCUUUUCCUAGUCUCCGGUACCGGGACACAUCCCUGCUGAUCUGGCAGCAGCAGCAGCAAGAACUGCAGUCAGCACCACCCUCCAACUACUUAAGUCGCAGUCAGUCAGCCUGGUACAGCAGUUAUGGGAACCAGGCUGUGCUGGUUCGGGACAAGAAAGAACUAGGGAACACGGAAGGACAGUCCAGGAUCUGUACAGUCAUGUAGAUGAUGAGAGAACUUUACUGAAACAUAACUACCAGGGAAGUGUUAAAAUGUUUCAUGACGGUUCUUUAUUCAGGAGAUAAAAAAAAGCAUUAAGUGUAAAACUAGCGUUGUGCUAUUACACAGGGCAGGGGAGAGGGGCAAAUAUAUCGAAUUUAAUUUUGACAUGUUUCUUAAAUUGUGCCACAUGUGGAAUUGCAAAGGAUAAUGGUUUCAUAGUAAUUUUGUUUGUUUGUUUGUUUGUUUAAAUUAAGAUUUGAAGCAAUAGCUGUGAGUAGAUUGCCCUUGGGGUGGGUUAGGGGGAGUAUUAUAAAAACACAUUCACAAAAUUAGGGAACUGCAGAAAAGUUUGAGAAUGAAGUACCAAGUUACAACGUAUUUUAACAAGGGUCUACUCAGACAAAGUAUUGUCAAAUUGCAAGGGUAGGCUGUUUACCCCGUAAGCAGAACCACAGCCGCGGAAAAUUAAAAGUUUCAAAAUUAGCUUCAGUCGUUAGCAGCAGUCGUCUGAACCUAAUCCGAUUGUUAAGGUAUGUUUUAUGAAAAACACAGAAAUAUCAGCGCAAUGUUUGAGACCAAAACGAACGACUGACAUGUGGUCAAACCUCACAUAUGACGACCGGGACAACAAGAGCCUCUGUGAACCGUGAAAUGAAAUGCCUGGGUGAAAUUAUAACCCAGGUAUUUUUUAUUUUAUCUAUUUGAAUUAAACUUUUUUAAAACUUAAAAUGUUUAUUUGUAUUUUCUGUGCUGAUGUUUUUGUUGACAUUAAGAACAAUUUCUUUGAUUCCUGUGUGCAUUGGCAUUAUAGCUGUGGUUUUUAAUUUAAUUUUUGAGAUUUGCACAUUAUUUUUCUCAAUCGUCUUGAUUAUGUGCAGACGUUUUGUACAAAAUAAAACAAAAAUAUAUGUACCAUAAUAAAACUGUUUCCGCACCUGUAUUGGACUAUCAAAACUUUAUUUUGGAUAUUUCCAAAGCCCGGAAAUGUAGUUGCUUUACCUGACUAAAACUCGUAUGAAAUUCAGUCGACUAAAACUAAAUUAACACUAAAAGAUUUAGGGUGAUUAAAAUAUGACUAAAAAAUUAUUUGUCAUUCAAAAGACUGAGACUUAACUUUGCUGUCAAUAUUAAC